GUACUUCUUCAUAAAUGUAUACGUCGGAGCCAGAAAGAGAUCCAAAAGAAAUACAAGAACUAGACCUUAUACGUUGUUUACAUAGUGCGGUACUUAGAAAGUUUGGGGAAUAUUUUUCAUCUACCCAGAUGAUCCAGAUGAUCAACGACCAUGAAGAGAGGGUUAAUGGAAGGGAAUGGCACGUCCAUCUUUGCCUUCCUCGAUGGACUCCACGUUACCAGGAAUAUCCCGGCAGGUCCUAUCCGUGUCCAUGGAACCUAAAUAUCAGUGUCAGAAGUGCAAGGAAGUUCUGAGGAAGCCAUUCCAGGCGCAAUGCGGACAUCGCUUCUGCGUGUGCUGUUUUAAGCAACUCACCAGCUCCGGCCCAAUCCCCUGUGAAGCUUGCCGUGAUGAAGGGAUAUUUGAAGAAGAGCACUCAAUACUCAACUUUGCUGUGGCUUUUCCAGACAAUGCGGCACGGAGAGAAAUCGACAGUUUGCCUGCAAAAUGCCCGAACGAUGGCUGCGCCUGGUCGGGAACACUGAAAGACUACGAGGGUCAACACGAAGGCCGAUGUGAAUUCGAGCGCAUAAAGUGUGAAGCAUGCCAAGUCCUCAUCCUUCUCAGCGAGAAAGACCGCCACAACGAGAGAGAGUGCGAAGCCAGAAAUCUCAACUGCAAAUACUGCAAAGUCUCUUUCAGCUUCAAAGAUAUAAAGGCUCAUGAUGAGAUUUGCCAGAAAUUUCCAAUGCAGUGCAAAGACUGCGGUAAAAAGAAAAUUCCCAGAGAAAAGUUCCAAGAGCAUAGCAAAUCGUGUGCGAAGUCGAAGUCCGCUUGCCAGUUUAGCGAGAUUGGCUGCAGGGCUGUGGUGGACAACGGAAAACAGCAGGAGCAUGAACAGAGCAGUGUGAUGGAGCACCUGCGGCUCAUGCUGGGCGUGCUCUCGUCCGUGCGCCUCCGGUCUGAUACAGCCGGAGAAUGGCAGGAGGACUCGGGAUUCGGACUGUACUGCGGCCCCGAAGACGCGGCUCUUCCGGGCGCCCAGGCUUCACCCGGAGGACUCGGCAUGCAGCAGAAGAUGACCGCGCUGGAGAACAUCGUGUGCGUACUGAACAGAGAGGUGGAACGGUCGGCUCUUUCGCUCGAAGCUCUCGGACGCCAACACCGGCUGGACCAGGAGAAGAUAGAAAACCUAUCCAACAAGGUGCGCCAGUUGGAGCGGACGUUAACCAUGCGAGAUCUCCAGCUCGCUGAAUCGGAACAGAAUUUGCGUGAGUUGCAGUUCUGCACCUACGAUGGCGUGUUCAUAUGGAAAAUUUCCGACUUCUCUCGACGCAGACAGGAUGCUCUGGCUGGACGAGCACCUGCCAUGUUCUCGCCAGCUUUUUACUCCAGUAAGUACGGCUAUAAGAUGUGUCUGAGGCUGUAUCUGAACGGUGAUGGUUCGGGCAGAAGCACUCACCUCUCCCUGUUCUUUGUGGUGAUGAGAGGGAAAUACGACGCUCUACUCAAGUGGCCCUUCAGCCAGAAGGUAACACUGAUGCUUUUAGACCAGAAUAACCGGGAACACAUCAUCGACGCUUUCAGACCUGACAUCAGCUCCACAUCUUUCCAAAGACCCAUCAGUGAGAUGAACAUCGCAAGCGGUUGUCCUCUUUUCUGUCCUCUGGCCAAGCUAGCUGGAAAGAGCUCCUACGUUAGAGAUGAUACAAUUUUUAUUAAAGCUAUUGUAGACCUUACUGGUCUUUAAAGCUAAAAAAAAAAUGAAUAAUUUUAUAUAUAAUAAUUUAUACAUAUAUAACACAUAUAACAUCUUAUCAUUCUGUGUAAGACUGAUUAGAUAGUUAUAUUAUAUAUAUAUAAUAUUAUAUAAAUAUUAUUAUUAUAUUAUAAAUAUGUAUUAUUAUUAUUAUUAUAUAUAUAUAUAUAUAUAUAUGAUUAUAUUUACAUGUUUAGUGCAAGACAACACAAUGUGACUAUAAAUGUUUUGCACAAUCCAUGCUUUCCUCAGUUUGUGUACUUUUGGUAUGUUCAGAAAUCCUUUUUUUUUUUUGUUUAAUGCAGGCUUGGGAUUUGCAUUGAGGCAAACAGAAUGAUUUAAUUUGCUAAAGUCUUUUCCCAAACCUGUAGAAAACAAACAUGCACACUUUCCUAACAUCUGUUGCUGAUUUCUCGUAAUUAAAGUGCAUGAUACGUGGAAAUGUACAUGGAUUGAGCAGAGUGUCUCAGUAGGUGAGGGGGUGGCUUAGUGCUCAAGGUUCAAAUCCAAGCUCCAUGCUGCCACUGCUGGGCCCUUAACCCUCAAUUGCUCAGUUGUGUAUAUAAACAUACAAACAUGUAUAUCGCUCUGGAUAAGGGCUUAAUGCAUACACAUUAUAUACAUUACAUAGCUAGUUAUAUACAAGCCUGGCGUAUUUAACAUUAAUUUUAAAAACUUUUACUUACCAUGUAACACCUUCUUUUUUUAACAUAAUUUCCUAAAUAAGUCAAGUGGAAAAAAGUCAAAUAAGCUGUCACUUCAACUGUAUACAGCUGAUGCAGUACACAUUGAAAUGAAACAACGGUCCUCCUGGACCAGAAGUGCUACACGUAACACAGACAGUGAUGCAGACACAUAGAACUAAAAACUAAACUAUACUUAAGGUGCGGUCAUUAAACUAGACAUACAACAGAAGUGCACAGGAUGACGAGACAAGACAGUGCAGACAAGCAACAUGUAGACUCUGUCCAACAGUCUGAAAGCAUCGACUUUAAAAACUGGAUUAUUAAUAGUCAUGCCCAGUUACCUGAACUCCUGAAAUAAUAUUUAUUUCUAAUUUCACAAGUUUUUUUUUUAAAUUUUUUUUAAUUGAUUUUCACUCAUUACCGCCAAACACCUUCCACAAUUUACAAACAUUUUAUUUUUUUAGAAGUAUUUCGAUGAAACCUGGUAACAAACCUAACAAAACGCAUAAUUUGUAGAUUCCGCAAAUCAAAAGUACUAUUUUUCUAUUAAUUAAAUUAUCAUCUAUUGUACAUCUGUUGAUGAUUAGUAUAGUAUAGAUGAUGAUGAGUAUAGGCUACUAAUCUGAGAUUUAUACCGAGACUUGUAUACUAGUCUGAGAGGAUGAAGAAAGAAACAGAUGAUCAUAUAAUCAUACAUUCAAGUUCAGAACAGUUUGAUUGUGUGUAGAGUUUGAAAAGUAAAAAAAAAUAAGAAAAACAUUAAAACAGGAAUAAACAGGGCAACAUUUCAACGUGUGCCUGGAAAAAAAAAAAAAAAGUUUCUUGGUCAGUUUUGUUUUGGUUUUUGACACAUGGACAGAGGAAUGGAAGAAAGCAUUGCAUUAACCUCCAUAACAUGGGCCAUUAUAUAUAUUCAACGUGUGUGUGUGUGUGUGUGUGUGUGUUCUAUACUGGGCCUGAAGUUGUGGGGUAGAGCUUGAUUUUAGUCUUUGAAAAAUAAAGUAAGGAAAAUAAUUAAAAAACAAACAAACAGAAGAACAAAUAACUUUAUUUCUUAUUCAGUUAAAUGAUAAAAUUAUUAACUAGUUAAACUACUGAAGUUUGUUUUGAAUUAAAAUUAAUGAAAAAAAUUAAAGAAUUAAUGAUUUAUUAGGCUGCUGUCAACUUUAAGAAUCACAUGAACUACAUGCCAUAGUGUGGUGGGAAUUUCCCCCAGUAUGACCAGUACACUCAAUCCAGUUCAAAGUCCUGUUAUAGUAGUGGCUAAAGGGGUGUGUGUGUGUGUGUGACAGAAAACAACAAUGUGUGUUAACAAUCUAACUAGAAUACUUAACGGGGAUAUAACGAAUGAGAUGUCCCAUGUGCU